AUGAAUAGGCCAGGUCCGUUGUCUUCAGAUCGGAGCCAACAGCAAGCCAGCAUUUUCUCGUCGUCGUCUUCUUCCUCCUUAAGAGAAGGGUCCUCCCAGCCACCAACGCCGUUGACAUCUUUGACGCAACAUCCCAGAUCAAGAACCACUUCUUUGCAAAGAGGCCUUUACGAGCGCAAAAUCAUUAACCCCCCGCCAAUCGUCCAAAUAGUUAUAGAGGACAGUGACGCAAGCCAGCUGUGGUUGACGGAACGGUAUUUCUUCAUGAUUAGCACUUUAUAUGAGCCUACUGCCGACGCAGUUGUGCAAGCUGCUGAAAACCCCAUUGUGGGGUCUAAUGUAUCGUCAUUACAAAAAGUUCAAGAAAACAAUAGAGAUAUUGGACUCUUUGUUUUUGGAGACAUUUCUGUGAAACUCGAGGGUCAGUUCCGACUGAGAUUCGACUUGUUUGAAUACAUUGGAAUGCAAGUUGUUUAUUUGAAAUCAAUUGUAUCAGAUAUCUUUACAGUCUACUCGCCUAAACAAUACCCUGGGUCGUUGCCAUCGACCGCUCUAUCACGGCUUAUUUCAGAUCAAGGCAUUCGUCUGCGGCUUCGCAAAGAACCAAAUAGAAAUAAAAGAAAAUCUCAAGAGGCUGCUGGUCCGUCUGGUGCUCAAUCCCAACACCUAACUCAGCCUCCUCCUCAAGACCCGAAUCUAGUCUACCAACAACAACCAUUACCACAUCAAGGCCCUUCUCAUCAAAUCCGACAAGGUCCCGGCCCAGCAAGUGGACCUACGGGGCCUUCAGCACACAGCGGCUACUAUGGCGGUCCAACUCAACAAUCACCUCUACCUCCUCUACAGCAACAGCAACAGCAGCAACAGCAACAACAGCAAGAGUACCGGUUUCCACCACCACCGUCGUCGGUAUACGGUGCCCAACAACAACCACCACCUCCACAGUACUACACCCAUCCAUCAUCAACUUACUAUUCCCAGCAGCAACAACAACAACUACUACAACAGCAGCAGCAACAACAGGCAACACCACAACAGCAGCGCACGCCACCAGCACGGCACUCGCGGCACUUGUCGCAAACGUCAGCCGCAUACCAUGCUGGGCUUUUAGGCGAAGAUACACCACCAGUCGAGUAUCCUGCGGUGCGGCGGCGAGGCAGUGUUGGUGUUCACAGUAGUGGAUUGAGCCACGAUUUUUCUGCUUCCUCGUUCUUUUCAAGUCCAAUGGGGCCAAGCCCUGCUGCUGCUGCUGCUGCUGCUGCUCAGGGCAGAAGUCAAGCGUAUGGUGCACCAAGUGCAGGACCAUACUCGGGUCCGGGAUACGGGUCAGGGGUAUCGCAACAGCAACAAUACUCGGCACAUGGGAACUUAGGGACUCCAGGAUCCGGCGCUGGCGCUGGCGCUGGUGCAAAUGCAAGUGCAAAUGCAGGCACUGGAAGCAGUGUUCUGAGGACCCCAGGAUCAGGGCCAGGGUUAUCAUCCUCAAAUGUUACGCCAAGCCAGCAGCUUCCGCCGUUGGGACCUCGGUGGACAACCUCGUCAUCGUCAUCAGGCACACGGCCGCUCAGCACGUCGUUGUCGCCACCGCCUGGUGCGAGCGAUUCUACACUGGGAUCAGGGUUUGGUGCUGGCAGCAGCAGUGCUGGGUUUCUUCAGCGGCGACAAACAGUGAGCAGUGGUGGUGGUGGUGGUGGUGGUGCAAGUUUAGGGAGUGGUGGACAUGUUCGUCGGCGAAGUACCAUUCUGGGGCCGUCACGAGCACACCCUUACGACUUUAGUGGGGGAUCGGGUGCACAGCAAAUGGCAGCAGCAUCGCCUGCUGGCGUGCCAACUGCAGGGGCAGGAGCGCUUACUCCACGACGGUCAGCGCGGCGUGGGUCACUGAUUGGAACAGGUGGUACCAGCAGUACUGGCUCUCUUCUGCCGCCGCAUCUUGUGUACGGCAGCAGCGAACGUGCUGGUGGUGCAGGUUCCACAGGCGAGAGUUCUAGUGGAGGGUCAUUGUUUGCAGGUUUAACACGGCACUCCAGUUUAAGCGGAGCUGCCGGGCGGGCCACAGGGUCACCUGUACGCCGGCCACGGCCGCGUCCGUUGAGCAUGUUGGAUUCACCUGGGCUACGUUCUGGUGGUUCAGGGCUAGGGUCUUUUGACUCUGAGGGCAGCUCUGGCAACACUUCAGGGCACCUGCAUCACCCCCCACUGGGACACGGGAUCCGAUUACCACCGUUGCAACUGUCAAGCAACACAACAACUACAACUACAACAGCAUCUUCCUCUGGUACAUCAACUCCAGGAGGUGUAGGGAGCACUGGUGGUGGAAACCCUGGCGGCAACCCCGGUGGAAACCCCGGUGGCAGCGGUGGAAGUGGUGGAAGUGGAGAGAGCGGUGGCAGCGGUGGGAGCGGAAGCAAUGUUGGAACAGGACCAGUGCUGCCGCCGUUAGGGCCGCGGGUAGGAGAUGUGUCCGGCGGGUAUUCCGCGGGGUCGACGACGUCUAGUACCUUUUUAACUGGAAGCACCACUAGCAUUACCAACACCACCAACACUACUACCACUACUACCACUACUACUAGUAAUAGUAAUAGUAAUAGUACUGCUGCUACGGCAGGCACUAGUGGCACGCCAAGAGUAAUCAACCUUCCGCCGCACCAAUCAGCCCCUCCGCUACCGCCAGUUGGCCAACUGGACCCUGCACUGACUUCUGGGUCGUUUGCACGAGCUGCAAUGGCGGGAUCUCCGUCAGCAACAACAAAAACAAAAACACCACCGUCACAGUCACGGUCACGGUCACGGUCACGGUCUCAGUCACAGUCUCGGUCUCGGUCUAGGUCAAGAUCAAGAUCAAGAUCAAGAUCAAGGUCAAGGUCUAGGUCACGGUCGCGCGAUAGAAGUGCAAGUCCAUCAAGCCGGUUUUUCAUGGGCCACCGUAGACGCCCACAACGGGGGCCACCACAGACUCCAAAGACUCCACCACCACCACCACCACCACCACCGAAAGAGUUUCGAAGCAGUGCCAAUGUGGAUCACGAUCCUGGGGGUCAAGGAGAAGUUGCAGCUACAGGGACUGUAAUGACAAGCACAAGGAUACCGGAACAACAACAACAACAACAACAACAACAACAACAACAACAACAAGGUGGUGAGGUAUUACUGCUGCGGCGGGAUUCUAGAGAAGAGACUCGGGGGAGUAGUAGUAACAGUGAUCGCAAUAGUGGUCGCAAUAGUGGUCGCAAUAGUGGUAGCAGCAGUCCAAGUGGAGAGGAAGGAUCUACAAUUACAAGGAUGAUGAUACCUUUAAGACGAAUGACGAGGAGCCAAACACGCCGGAAUCCUAGGGGCGAUGUUGAAGGUUCUAGUAGUAGUAGUAGCAGUAAUGGCAGCAGACAUGGACGAUUACGAGAACGAGGACGAUUACGAGGACGAGAACAGUCUGGGUCUGUGGAAGAUUCUCCUUUGUCUGAGGAGGCGUCGACGUCUCCCUAA